AUGGCUUAUCCUUCGAAAAUAGUUUUAGAAGCAUUCGGACUUAAAGACGGCCUGAAACCUCUGCCAGGUGGUCAAGGCGAGAGCUUCCAUUCCGGAAAUGCCGUUUUGAAGCCAGCCCAUGACCCUAUCGAAGCUGAAUGGUCUGCCCAGGUCUUUUCGGCUUUGGCAUCUUCCAGCCAUCGUGAUUUCCAUGUUCCAACUCCCAUCCUGGCUUCAAAUUCGCAAUUCGUUUUCCAGGGUUGGGCAGCAUCUGAAUUUGUCGCUGGUAGGGCUGGUCCAGGCGGAAAAUGGGUAGAGCUCAUGGGAACUUCUCGUUUUUUUCAUGCAGCCCUGCAGGGUAUCCCGAAUCCCGACUUCCUAAGCCAUCGUUCGCAUCCCUGGGCAGUAGCAGAUCAAGUCGCAUGGGGCGAAGCUAGCGUUGACGUCGUUCCCGAACUGCAGUGUGUCUAUCAAGAGCUGCUUAAACUACGUAAAAAUGUGAAGAUGACCUCUCAGAUUGUCCACGGAGACUUAACAGGCAACAUGCUAUUCCGUGAUGAUGGGACACCUCCAACGGUCAUUGACUUCUCACCAUUCUGGCGGCCAGUAGAAUACGCGGAAGCUAUUGUCAUUGUGGACGGGAUCCUAGACCACGACCAAGGGCGAGAUCUUGUCAAACUAGGCGGUACGAGCUUCGAGUGCCUACAGAUGCUUGUGAGGGCCCUCAUAUUCAGGCUGGUUGCUCGAAGCAGGCUUGUUGCGGUGAUGGGCGAAGUUACAAAAGAGUACGCCGGGGCUUUUGAGAGAGCUGUGUUGUUCAUUUCCUGA